AUGGCUGAAAACGACUCGCAGCACGUGUCUGUUUGUCCACCGGGCCGGUACCAGCCGGAAGUCGGCGGUCCCCUGGGCUGUCGGCCGUGUCCACCGCACUCGUCAGCACCGACGUCGGGCCUGUCGUCGUGUCGCUGCGACGCCGGCUACUACCGAUCCGCGACGGACCCGAACUGGAGUCCGUGUAGUCGUCCGCCGUCGGCGCCACUCAACCUCAGCGUGAGUUUCGUGGACCAGGCGGCAGUGGCACUCGAGUGGCACGCACCGAUCGACGCUGGCGGUCGUCAGGACUUGGGCUACCGUGUCGAGUGCGACGUGUGUCUGAGCAGUGCCACGUAUCGACCGCCGGGCUUUGCGGAUGGCGGCAUCGGGAAUGAGACUCGUGUCACUAUUGCCGGACUCAGACCCGUCACCAAAUACCGGUUUCGAGUCUACGCUGUCAACGGGGUCUCUGAGUUCCUGGCUGACGAUCGACAGCAGUUCCUUGACAUCACCGUCACGACCGAAGCUGCAGUUCCGUCGAUGGUUUCGAAUGUGCACGUGGCAGAAGUGAAGCCCAGUCAGAUGGUACUUGCUUGGGACCCGCCACGAGACCAGUUCGGUCAGAACGUGGAGACGUACGAAGUGCGGUACUUUCCGCGUGGAGAAGAACGGGACUACGUGAGUCAGACGACGAAGCGUCAACAAUUGACUGUGCUGAAACUGCAGCAGCAGACUGAGUAUGGGUUCCAGGUCAGGGCCAAGACCCCACACGGAUGGGGCGAGUUCAGUCCCACGGUCUACCGAAGCACCGGGCAAAUAUUCGUUUAUGUCGGGGAAAAAGAAGGAACUGGAAGCAGGAUAGUGAUCGGGACUUUGGCAGCAGCGAGUGUAGUCGUGUUCCUGGUGGCAGUGAUCUUGUUGGUACUUCGCUACCGUCGGAGAUCCCGGAGUGCGGAGUGUGGUAAAGAAAAACAGCCUGGCAAUGGAGAAACACUCGAAUACCGCAGCAAUGAAGGUCACUUGGUCACUUACCACAAGUUGUAUGCCAAUGGAACGUUGGGGAAAAUGGUUUGUCAACAAGAAAAUCCCCAGAUCAUCACGACGCACACGUCCAACAUGACGACGCCGUUGUUUACGCAAGUUGGGCCGCCGAGGACGUACGUGGAUCCGCAUAAUUAUGAGGAUCCUCAUCAGGCGGUGAAGGAUUUUGCCAGAGAAAUCGAUGCUUCUUGCAUAACUAUUGAGGCCAUAAUUGGCGGCGAGUUCUUACCACAUCAGAACCCGCUGGCACCGGACGUGCCCGACAUGACAAAGUUCUCUUGCGUGGAGGAAUGGCUGGCGUCGAUCCGAAUGAGUCGGUACCUGGAGAACUUCGAGCGUGCCGGCGUGACGAGCAUGGAGGCUGUGAUGCGGCUGUCGCCGCAGGACCUGGCAGUCGUCGGAGUCGCCCUUGUCGGCCACCAGAAGAAGAUACUCAACAGUGUCCAGACCAUGCGAGCCCAGGUCUCCAUCAACGUCUCGGACGGUUUUCUUGUCUAAGAAAACCCCCUUUUUUGGGUUGUUCGUUUUUUUGUUCCUUUUUUUUUUUUAAAGAUGUCACUUGGUCUGAUUCGACUCGCCGACUCUUCGUGAAUGCUGUACUCAGCCGUGUUCCUCAACCUUUUGGACAGUUGGACUGGCAAAUUUCCAUAAAAUGUUUCGCGGACCAGCGGAAAUUUUGAAAUACCUGCCAUAAAUCUCUCCAAAAAUAAAAUUAUUGCCAAAAUAAAGUUUAGAAGCCAUGAAGCAGCUGCAGUGGAAUGUCUUGAGAAAAAAAAUAGAAAGCUGAGCUUCAAGACAAGAUUGUGUCCGACUGAAUGCUAGAUUUGAUUUGUUUUAGCGCAUGAAAAUUUGUCUGAAGUGUUAUUUCGAGAAAAGUCAAUUUAAAAGAAAAAAUCAGAUUGUUUCAACUGCUAUUGUCUCCAAAUUUUCAGAUAAAGAUAACAGACUUCAUUAAUAACUUGUGAUAAAUUUUUUAUGCUGAAGAAAAUUUCCAGCGAACUAGCGCUGGUCCGCGGACCAAGAGUUGCAGAUCACUGCUCUACUGAGUUCGCGUUUCAGAUGGCGGCGCGAUUUGCUUUGCUUUGAUUUUUUGUUUUUGUUUCUGUGGAGCCAUUUUUGGGAAUCCCAGGUUAUUUUGUUCUUGGCCCCUCCCGCCGUGAUAUGUUACCCCCGAUUUGUCCGCCACCACGACAUUUUUAAAAUUCAGACCUUUGGAAGUAUAUCUCGAACGACUCGACGUUCAUGUUUCUGAACAUGAUUUCCGAACGCGGAGGACGUGAGUUCCGCGAUUGUAUUGCAAUACAGAUUUUUAUUUUUUGCCAAUUCAUAAAAAACUAGCGACCAGGAAUCAAAAGUUGACGAGAGCAAAAAAAAAAAAGUUUUUUGGAGUUUUCCUCUCUUCGACGCAAGGUGGACGUCAGUUGAACAUUCCGAAAUUUUUCUCGAUCCCUUUCGUUUGCAUAUCAUCGGUUUUUUUUUCUCCGUCACAUGUUACGAUGGACAGGAGGGAAGGGAGACGAGGGAGGGCGUGCGAGAGAUGCUAGUCAAAAAGGGAUUUUUAUUUCUUAAUUUAUGAAUGCGAGGAGGUUUUUUCCAAAGUUUCCGUCAAAAGAAAAUACGGAAUUGUGAUAGGCUUUGACUGUCGUUUGUAACGUUUUGUUCUCCCUAUUUGAAAACGUGCUGCUUCUUGUCUGGAAUUGAGUGAAGCGAAAUUUCUUUUUCGGGGUUGUAUUGUGUUGUGGAAAUGAGUUGAAUGAUUUGUUAGGAAGUGAACCUUUUUCGGGCUGUAUAGUGUUGUGGAAAUGAGUUGAAUGAUUUGAUAGGAAAGAAUUACAAUCGACAAUUGAACCGAUGUCGAAAU